ACCAAGCUUAGAGUGAAAACCAAAAACUCAUGGCUUCAUCUCUCCUUCUUCUUCUUCUUCUCGUGUGCUUCUCCUCCUCCGCGGUGAGCUCACCGCUCGCCGACGUCUCCAAACCAUCGGCCUACGAUGUUCUCCAGUCCUACGGCUUCCCCGUCGGCCUCCUCCCCAAGGGCGCCACCGGCUACGACCUUGACUCCUCCUCCGGCGAGUUCUCGGCGUACCUCGGCGGCGAAUGUAGCUUCUCCAUUAAAAACUCUUACCAGCUCCGCUACCAGGCCACCAUCUCCGGCACCAUCUCCACUAACCGCCUUUACAAUCUCAAGGGCGUCAGCGUGAAGAUCUUGUUCCUUUGGAUCAACAUCAUUGAGGUCGUGCACAGAGACGGCGUUCUUGAGUUCUCUGUUGGGAUCGCGUCUGCUGACUUCACCGAGGAUAACUUCUUUGAGAGCCCGCAAUGCGGGUGUGGGUUUGAUUGUGUUGGUGGUGCUGGCGAUGGUGCGAGGAUCAAGCUGAGGGUGCCCGCUUGAUGAGUUUCUUCUUCAUGUGGGGAUGGUAAUCUUCUUUUGAAAUCAAUAAAUGGAUGUUUUUGGGUUUCAGUUAUUACUAAUCAGUGAAAACUUCUACUUGGGACCUUCGGUACUAUGGUAUAUUAUAAUUUUGCUGGACUUUUGUGAUUUGUUUCUAUAGUACGUGGUUACCUUA